AAUGUAACUUCCUGUUUGGAAGCGCUGUACUGCCAGUGGCCUCAAUACUUUGUUGUGUGUUUACACUGGCAGAGGCGUGAGAGUACAAAUCAGUCUGCUAGAACUUACACCGGUACCGGUUGAUUGUGUUUUAUCUUUCAAACAAAGUUCAGAAAUCAACCAAAACAGCCCUUUUGCUGGAGGCCCUGGAAAGUUUACAGAGUGCUUCGAGAUUCAUUUAUUAGUUUUAGAUCUGUGUGCUUGCUGAACAAACUGACGAAAAUGGGCGCAGAAGACGAAGUCUUUAAAAUUGGCAAAAAGCUUGACAAAUUAGUGUCGAGCGAAACUUCUGAGCAUACAACAGCUCUAGAUCUUUUGAAAGCUUUGAGAGACACAAAAAUGACCCUGGAGGUUCUGCAGAAAACAAGAAUUGGAAUGACAGUGAACAACCUGCGUAAAGCCAGCAACAAUGACGAGGUUGUGUCCCUGGCCAAAACAUUGAUAAAGAACUGGAAAAAGCUGUUACCGGCAGACAGCCCUGGGGGUAUGAGCAGAACGACCUCACGAUCUUCGGGCGAUGCAGGAAGUCAGAAGAUGGACGAGACAUCCAACGACGGCACAGAGGAGGGAAAAUCUGACGGCAGCAGCGGCGACAAGGACACAGAGAGGGACAGCUCCAGCAAGCUGGCCAACACGGCAGAUGCCAUCCGGCUCAAGUGUCGAGAGCUCUUGUCCAACGCCCUCAAAAGCAGCGAAAUUCCAGAAGGUGCUCAUGACCCUGAAGAGUUGGCAGCUGCUGUUGAGGACGCCAUAUUUGAAGAGUUUAACAACACGGAGGUCAAGUACAAGAACCGUAUCAGAAGUCGAGUGGCCAACCUGAAGGACUCGAGGAACCCGCAGCUCCGACAGAACGUGCUCAUUGGUUUGAUCUCAGCUCAGAGGAUUGCUGCCAUGUCUGCUGAGGAGAUGGCAAGCACAGAGAUGAAGCAGCUCAGAGAAAAACUGACGAAAGAGGCCAUCAACGACCACCAGAUGGCCAAGACAGGAGGGACAGCCACCGACCUCUUCAAGUGCGGCAAAUGUCGGAAGAAUAAUUGUACAUACAACCAGGUCCAGACCAGAAGUGCUGAUGAACCUAUGACAACGUUCGUCUACUGUAACGAGUGUGGGAACAGGUGGAAGUUCUGUUGAAGAGCUGUCCUGGCAAGGGUGGCCUGGUGUUAUGACGAUUCAGAAGACAGGACAGCUCAUCGGGCAACUUGAGAGAUGUCGGGGGAGGGGGGAUGUCUUUAGAGGAGCUACGAUUUUCAUGUUACGAGGAUUGUCCUAUGGUCGAGGAUUGUCGUGUGGCCGAUCGUACAGGGAAGAGUUUUGUAUGUUGUAGUUCUCACUGCCGGACAGUUGUGGAAGGAGGGACAGUUUUUCGGUAUCAUCACUAUGCUGUCGCGGAUGGAAUAGUUUCAAGAUGGAGAGCUGUCUUCUGUUGGGGAUGAUACAUAGUUUUGUCGAAGGUUUCUAGACGUAUUGUACCGAUUUAGCUACUUUUUUUUUCUUCUUCUUGUUGACGUUGGAAAAACAAAAGAAUACCUCAUCAGAGAGUUAUGUAGCAACCUGAGAAUGUAUUAGAGCCUAAAUUAAAUGAUAAUGAUAGAUAGAAGACUGCCUUUGUAUAUGACACAUAUCUAUACUUGAAAGUCAGCUGUACGUGCUGUAGAGUUUGUUAGCUAGUGAUGGGUCGCAGCAUGUCCGUGCAGUCAUGUCUGAAGAGGGGAAAUCGGCACCUACUGUAUUGAGAUGUUUGACGGGCUGUCAGAAGGGAAAAAAAAGUUUAUUACUUUUGGCAUGUAUGUUCAAUGGUUAAAAAAAA